AUGGUGUGGAAUUGGGUGUCAAAUAAUUGGUAUUUAGUGUUGGUGAAUGGGCAAUCUUCAGGGUUCUUCAAGUUUACAAGGGGUGUGAAGAAAGGGGAUCCUUUAUCUCCAGCCUUGUUCAUAUUGUCAGCUGAGCUACUAUCUAGAUUAUUGAAUAAGCUCUUUGAAGAUAAAUCCUUUAUUGGAUUUGGGAUGCCUAAGUGGUCUGAACAUCUGAACCAUUUGGCUUAUGAUGAUGACACCAUAAUCUUUGCUUCUGCUCAUUGUCUAUCAUUGAGAAAAAUUACGGUAGUGUUGGGGAAAUAUGAGAAGAUAUCCGGCCAAAUGAUCAGCAAACCCAAGAGCUCCUAUUAUAUAUACUCUAAGGUGGCACAUGGUCUAUUUCAGGCAGUAGGGGAUAGUACUGGAUUUCCAAGAGGAGGGUGGCUAGGUUUUAGGUCCCUCAAAGAUGUCUCAAGGGCAUUGUUUGCUAAGCUAUGGUGGAGAUUCAGGACUACAAAGUCUUUGUGGUCCAAUUUUAUGUGGAACAAGUACUGCAUGAAGGAGUUACCCACGGUUGUUCAAUUUAGAAAGGGGUCAAAGGUUUGGAAGCAAAUACUGAAUGCUAGGGAGGAGGUUGAACAUGAUAUUCUGUGGGAGAUGAAGAGUGGGACAACUAACGUAUGGCAUGAAAAUUGGACAGGACUGGGAGCACUAUAUCAUGUAUUACCUGAAGAUUUUCCUAUCAAUGAGGACCUUCAAGAAGCAGCACAAUUGAGGCAAGAAGAAGCAUGGAAUGAUCAGUUGUUUGAUCAAAGCUUCACUGAGGAAAUUACUAAUCAUAUUAGGUCCAGUGUGCAAUAUGAGGGCAGUGAGGACUACUGGGACGGACAAUAUUGGAUGCCAAUCCCCUCAGGCAAGUUUAGUGUUAGUAGUGCUUGGCAAAUGCUAAGGCAUAGAGCUGAUACAAAUCAAGAGUACAAGUUAAUGUGGAUUAAAGGUGUGCCAUUCAAGAUAUCUUUCUUCUUGUAG